AGUAUCUCAAGGUAACGCUAUUUGCUUAUAUAUAGUAAGAUCUCGAUACGUGGCGCAGUACACAAGUGUAUGUGGUACAUGCACGACAUAUCGUCUCUCCACUAUAAGCGUUAAUGAGUGGAAACUAUGGCGCUCAAGUGGCUGCUCGUCUUAGCGUUUAUUUCAGCCGCACGUGCUGACAGCCAGUGCACGGCACAUCACGGGGUGUGUACCGACUACCGCCACACCACCUGUAAGGGGGGCUACCUGCAGCACAUGUGUCACGGGGACUCCUACCGCCGCUGCUGCGUCAACUGCGACGCUACAUGUCAAGCGAAUGAAGCGUACUGGUCGUCCAGUGACGACUCCUGCACGUACGCCGGCGGUGUGUGUAAGCACGACACUAACUACUGUCCUGGUGGUUACGUCAGCGGCAUGUGUGGAGGUCCUACCUACCGACGGUGCUGCCUGCAAGAAACCGGCACCCCCACCAUCACACCCUCCCCCUCACGUGAGUUCCGCGGAGUUUGGGUCGCCACGGUCUCCAACAUCGACUGGCCCUCCAGCCGCCAUCUGUCCACCGACCAGCAGAAAGCCGAGCUCGUCACCAUCUUGGAUCGGAUGGUGGAGUUGAACUUGAACGCCCUUAUCUUCCAGGUUCGCCCGGCCGGAGACGCGUUCUACGACUCUCAGCUGGAGCCGUGGAGUUACUACCUGGCUGGCCAUCACGGUUCGCCUCCCAGUCCGUACUAUGACCCGCUGGCCUUCGCCAUAGAGGAGAGUCACAGGAGGGGCAUCGAGCUGCACGCCUGGUUCAACCCGUACAGGGCCAAGAGCAAGUCAGCUGGCUACACACUCGCCCCCACCCACAUGGCUAACCGGUUCCCCCAGUACACGUAUGAGUACGGGAACUACGUGUGGAUGGACCCGGGCGCGCAGGAGGUGGCAGACCACACGUACGACGUCAUCAUCGACGUGGUGCGCCGCUAUGACGUAGACGGCGUUCAGUUCGACGACUACUUCUACCCGUACCCCGUCAGCGGGACGGACUUCCCGGACGCGGCGACGUACCAGGCCUACCAGACGUCGGGAGGGACCCUGUCCAAGGCUGACUGGCGGCGUGAUAACGUGAACAGACUGGUCCGCCGGCUGUACGGCGGCAUCCACGCCGAGAAGGCGCACGUCAAGUUCGGCAUCUCACCAUUCGGCAUCUGGCGCUCCGGCUACCCGGCAGGGAUCGUGGGCUUUAGCCAGUACGACAGCUUGUACGCCGAUCCCAAGUUGUGGCUGGAGCAGGGGUGGGUAGACUAUCUCGCCCCUCAGCUGUACUGGAUGAUAGAUCCUCCACAGCAGAGCUACCCCGCCCUGUUGGACUGGUGGCUGGACCAGAAUCCCCUGCAGCGUCACGUCUACACCGGAAAUUACCUCAGCAGAAUCCUGACCGAUGGUUGGCCGGUGUCAGAACUCGUGAACCAGGUUGGACUCUCGCGAGAUCGCGCGGAUCGUCUGUCUUUGGGAAACAUCAUGUUCAGCAUGAAACCGUUCCGAGACAACAGUGCGGGUGUUGUGGACGCCUUUAAGUCCCAGGUGUACACCAGCCCCGUCCUCACCCCUGCAAUGCCCUGGUUGAGCACCCGCGCACCAAAAGCGCCGUCUGGCGUCCAGGUGGCGUCUAGCACCAUCACAUGGUCCGGAGACGCGACGGGUGACGUGCGUGCCUGGACCCUGUACCGGCAGGAGGGGGACGGCCGUCUGACCAUGGUUAAAGUGCUGGGUGCCGACACCACGACUAUCACUGUCGAUCCCGGUACUUAUAUGCUGAAGGCGGUGGACAGGGUUGGGAACGAGAGCAGUGACGUCAUCGUGGAUAUCCCAUGAACGAGUGCUGUUGUCAAAAAAUUGAUGAAAAGUUAAAAGAGGGCAAACUCACAUAGACAUCGUAAACUUCUCAAAUGAGAUCAGAUCCUCAUAGUAAGAAAUAAACACAUCCUGUCU